AUGCCUUCCGGAGGAUGCUUUUGCGGUAACGUGCGAUACGAGGUGCAGGGCGAGAGUGGAGGCAACAUUCUCUGCCAUUGUCUUGACUGUCGCAAAAUCACCGGCUCUGCUUACUCGACCAACGCCGUCUACUCGGAAGAUGGCUUCAAGGUCACCAAGGGAACGCCAAAGCAACACACGGUCAAGGGCGACAGUGGAAACGAGGUUACUUCCAACUUCUGCGGCGAUUGUGGCUCGACCAUGUGGCGCCAGGGCGAUACCUUUGCCGGUAAACGCAUCAUCAAGGUGGGAACCCUAGACGAGACCAGCAUCCUCGACAACCUCAAGACAAACGCGGAGUUGUAUGUAGACCACAGGCCGAAGUGGGUCGGCGCACAAGAGGGUGCGGCGCAGAAAUCGAGCAUGUAG